AUGGCUGAAAAUGCAGAGGGGGACCUGAACUCCAACCUGCUCCACACCCCCUACCACACCGGGGAUCCUCAGCUAGACACGGCCAUCGGACAGUGGCUCCGUUGGGAUAAGAAUCCCAAAACAAAAGAGCAGAUUGAAAAUCUGUUACGGAAUGGGAUGAACAAGGAGCUGCGAGAUCGUCUUUGUUGCCGAAUGACUUUUGGGACUGCAGGACUUCGUUCUGCUAUGGGGGCAGGAUUUUGCUAUAUUAAUGACCUUACAGUAAUACAGUCAACACAGGGAAUGUACAAAUACCUUGAAAGAUGUUUCUCAGACUUCAAGCAGAGAGGCUUUGUUGUUGGGUAUGACACCCGGGGUCAAGUAACUAGCAGCUGCAGCAGCCAGAGACUUGCUAAACUCACUGCUGCAGUCUUACUGGCCAAAGAUGUUCCUGUGUACCUUUUUUCAAAAUAUGUUCCUACACCUUUUGUACCAUAUGCAGUCCAGGAGCUCAAAGCAGUUGCAGGUGUGAUGAUUACUGCUUCUCACAACCGCAAAGAAGAUAAUGGAUACAAGGUUUAUUGGGAAACUGGUGCUCAGAUCACAUCUCCUCAUGAUAAAGAAAUUCUGAAAUGUAUCGAAGAAUGUGUGGAACCUUGGAAUGGUUCCUGGAAUGAUAAUUUAGUGGAUACCAGCCCACUGAAGAGAGAUCCUCUGCAGGACAUUUGCAGAAGAUACAUGGAAGAUCUUAAAAAGAUCUGUUUUCACAGGGAAUUAAACUCAAAGACCACCUUGAAAUUUGUACAUACAUCUUUCCAUGGGGUUGGACACGACUAUGUGCAGUUGGCUUUCCAAGUAUUUGGUUUUAAGCCUCCAAUUCCAGUACCAGAACAAAAAGAUCCUGAUCCAGACUUUUCUACCGUUAAAUGCCCAAAUCCUGAAGAAGGAGAAUCUGUGCUGGAACUUUCUUUGAGACUGGCAGAGAAAGAAAAAGCCCGUGUAGUGCUAGCCACAGAUCCUGAUGCAGACCGGCUGGCAGUGGCAGAGCUUCAGGAGAAUGGUCAUUGGAAAGUUUUCACAGGGAAUGAAUUGGCAGCUUUGUUUGGGUGGUGGAUGUUUGAUUGCUGGAAGAAAAAUACAUCAAGAAAUGCUGAUGUGAAGAACGUUUAUAUGUUAGCCACCACAGUCUCUUCCAAAAUUUUGAAGGCAAUUGCACUCAAAGAAGGAUUUCAUUUUGAAGAAACAUUACCAGGUUUUAAAUGGAUUGGAAGUAGGAUAAAAGACCUCCUGGAAAAUGGGAAAGAAGUCCUUUUUGCAUUUGAGGAGUCGAUUGGUUUUCUGUGUGGCACUUCGGUUUUGGAUAAAGAUGGGGUGAGUGCAGCCGUAGUUGCUGCCGAGAUGGCAGCUUACCUGGAAACCAUGAAUAUAACAUUGAAACAGCAACUGAUUAAGGUUUAUGAAAAAUAUGGUUAUCAUAUUUCAAAAACUUCAUAUUUCUUGUGUUAUGAUCCAAGUACCAUCAAAAGUAUAUUUGAAAGGCUUCGCAAUUUUGAUUCUCCAAAAGAAUAUCCAAAAUUCUGUGGGACAUUUGCUAUAUUGCACAUACGGGACGUUACCACUGGCUAUGAUAACAGCCAGCCUAAUAAGAAAUCAGUGCUGCCUGUAAGUAAAAACAGCCAAAUGAUUACAUUCACUUUUCAAAAUGGCUGUGUCGCUACUCUUCGGACAAGUGGUACAGAACCAAAGAUAAAGUAUUAUGCAGAGAUGUGUGCAUCCCCCGAGCAGAGCGACACUGCCUUCCUAGAAGAGGAAUUGAGGAAACUCAUUGAAGCUCUGAUUGAGAAUUUUCUUGAGCCCAGUAAAAAUGGACUGAUCUGGCGUUCUGUUUAG